CUCAACUCAAUGCCUUAAAGACUGAAAAACCCUAGCCGCGCAGCUCUCGGAACUAUCCUUCUGCCAAAAUGGGUAUCUCUCGGGAUUCCAUGCACAAGAGACGUGCCACUGGAGGCAAGAAGAAGGCCUGGAGGAAGAAGCGAAAGUAUGAGCUCGGAAGGCAGCCUGCCAACACCAAACUUUCCAGCAACAAGACAGUGAGGAGGAUCAGGGUUCGAGGUGGAAAUGUGAAGUGGCGUGCUUUGAGGCUCGACACUGGAAAUUUCUCUUGGGGUAGUGAGGCUGUGACCAGGAAGACCCGACUUCUUGAUGUUGUCUACAAUGCAUCUAACAAUGAGCUUGUGCGUACUCAAACAUUGGUGAAGGGUGCCAUUGUUCAGGUUGAUGCAGCACCUUUCAAGCAGUGGUACUCCACCCACUAUGGUGUUGAAAUUGGCCGCAAGAAGAAAACUGCUGCUGCUAUUAAGAAGGAAGCAGAGGAUGCAGAGGCUGCUACUGCUGUGGCCCCCACUGAGGAGGUGAAGAAGAGCAAGCAUGUAGAAAGGAAGUUGGAGAAGCGUCAGCAAACUCGUACUCUUGACUCACAUAUAGAGGAACAAUUUGGUGGUGGUCGUCUAUUGGCUUGCAUCUCUUCACGGCCUGGCCAAUGUGGCCGUGCUGACGGAUACAUCCUGGAAGGCAAAGAGCUGGAGUUUUACAUGAAGAAGCUCCAGAGGAAGAAGGGAAAGGGAGCUGCUGCCUAAAAUUUUGUUGCAUGAACUUUGUCAUUUUAGACUCUGAAUAUGCCUUCUCCCUCCUUUUUUUACUUUCUAAUGAUUGCGCUUUUUCAGUUGAUGUUUGAACAAUUGUUUUGUGGUUGAAUGUUUAAUCAGGAGUUAUAUUGUUGUAUUAGUUUUGGAUCC